AUGAGGAGGCGUUCAACACUUCUAUCUUCACUUCUUUCUUUCUUUCUUUCUUUCUUUCUUUCUUUCUUUCUUUCUUUCUUUCUUUCUUUCAUUUUAGAGACGAUUAGAUUUUUAUCAAUACUUCUACUUCUCACCCCCCUCUCUCUCUCUCUCUCUCUCUCUCUCUCUCUCUCUCUCUCUCUCUGUUUCGGUAUGCCUGUCUCUCUCUGCAUCUGUCUUUCUGCCUGUCUGCCUUUCUCUUAUCUCCUCUGUUUCUCUCUCUCAUUCUGUUUCGGUAUCUCUUUCUCUCUCUCUGCAUCUGUCUGUAUGCCUGCCUCUCUCACAUCUGCCUCUUUGUUUCUCUCUCUCGGCAUCUGUCUGCCUUUCUCUCUCUCUCUCUCUCUCUCUCUCUCACUCUCUCUCUCUCUCUCUGUCUCUCUCUCUCGGCAUCUGUCUGCUUUUCUCUCUCUCUCUCUCUGUUUCUCUCAUCUCUCUCUGUUUCUGUCUCUCCCUCUGUCUCUCUCUCUGCAUCUUUCUGUCUUCCUCUCUCUCUCUCUCAUCUCACUCUGUUUUUGUCUCUUUCUCACUCUACAUCUGUCAGUCUGCUUCUCUCUCUGUUUCUCUCAUCUCCCUCUGUUUAUGUCUCUCACUCUGUGUCACUCUCUGCAUCUCUUUGACUGUCCCCCUCUCUCUCUCUCUCUUUCAUCUCUCUCUCUCUCUCUCUCUCUCUGUCCUUUUAAUUCUUCUCAUUGUUCUUUUGUUUUUCAUGAUCGGUCUUCAUUAGUUUUCUGGAGUUUUUUUUUUUCAUGUUUUAUGUUUUAUUCUUUUCCCUCCCCCCCUCUCUCUCUCUCUUUCUAUCUCUCUAUCUCUAUUCCUCUCUGUCUCUCUCUCUCUCUCUCUCAUUCUCUUUCCUUUAAUUUUGCUUUCUUUCUAUUGAUUUUUCCUUCUUUCCUCUACUUUUUUGCUAUCUUCUUGCCCUUUUUCCUUUACUUACUCUCUCUGUCUCUUUGUCUCUCUAUAUUUCUCUCUGCCUCUCUAAGUUCUUCCUUUAUCUUUGUCAUUCUCGUUCUCCUUACGUUUGUCCCUUUCUUUCUCUGUGCUAUAAUUAUCUUAUCUAAUUCUUGUUUAUUUUUUCUUUCUUUGAUUUAUCUUUCACGUCAUUCUUUCUUUCUCUCUCUCUCUCUCUCUCUCUCUCUCUCCCUUUCCAUUUCUUUAUCGCUCUUUCUUUCUUUAUCAUACAACCAUUUCUUUUAUUUUUUGCCUUGUCAAAACAUAAAUAAACAAAUAAACUUUUACUUCUUUCUUCCCUCACUGCUCUCUCUUUCCAGCCAUCUUGUUUUCCUUCUCUUUCUCAUAACUGCCAUAUUGGAUGACGUUUACAAUACCAGUGCAAGGCUUCAUCAUGCGCAUUUAUCUCCCAGAACUAGCUUCCUUUCUGAAAACAACACAAAGUUGUGCGUCUUAUACUCUGAAAUUUACGAUCAUUUUACUUUUAUUGAUUUCAUUUCUCUUUUUAUUGUAACUCUCUGUAUUUUUCUCUCUUUUCGUCUUUCUUUCUGUCUGUCAUUCUUUCAUUAUUUUCUUCACUGUGCCUUUUUCACUAUUUCUUUCUUUUCUUACGUUUAA